AUCAGCGCCCGUGUUGUGUCAACAAGCUAACAGGGAAGCCAUCGGGGAAGUUUGAACGCCAACUCCUCCCUCUAAUGUUGAGUGUUUGGCUCUGCAGAACUGAAUGAGGUGCAGCUUUCUGCCAGUGCUGUUUCCUAAGUGCUGCUGCUGCCAGGAUGGGCCAGCAGCUCUCAGGUCAGGCAGUGAUGAACCAUCUGCCUGAGAAUAAAUACAUCUUUUUUGUGUGCUCAUGUAGAGUGAAGCAGCUGACUGAUGAGGAGGAGUGCUGUAUCUGCAUGGACGGAAAGGCUGACCUUAUUCUGCCCUGUGCACACAGCUUCUGUCAGAAGUGUAUUGAUAAAUGGAGUGGGCAGAGCCGAAACUGUCCGAUAUGUCGCUUGCAAGUGACUGCUGCCAAUGAAUCAUGGGUAAUGUCUGAUUUCCCCACAGAGGACGACAUGGCUGGCUACAUACUCAACUUGGCUGAUGAGGCGGGUCAUCCACACAGGCCUUAACACACAACACAACAGGCCAAUUAGAUGACAGGAGAAAUCGACCCGCACCAAGUAGACACAAAAUGUCACAUUCACCGAGGAUGAGAUUUUUCCUAAAAAGCAGAAGAAACCAGCAGGGUUUCCUACUUAUUUUCUUCUUACUGACCAGUUCGGAAAAUUAGGUCCCAGGAUGCUUUUUGCAACCAAAGUAUUGUAGAUGUGGUACUUAAUGAGAACUGUGUGUGAUAAAACGUUGUCUGACGUUAUAAUUCAGUAUUUGUAAAAUGAUAAUUUAACACACAUAAUAAUCAAAAGUACAGGUUCUACAGUAAUCUUCGGGUUAAUUUAACCAACAUGGGAGGGUAGGGAAGACUUGUGUUGGAAUAAACUAGGCACUUUAUUAUAGGAAUCCUGAUCCUCAUAUCAUGUUGAUAUGAAUGGGACAAAGGAGGUGAAUUAAGGUAAGACCUCAUAUUCAGAGAUGGUUGAUAAGUAUGGCUCAUAUAUUCAUAGUCCUGAAAUUUAAAUGAAUAGUUCAACGUUCUAGAAUAUGCUUAUUCUCCUUCAGCAUAAAGACUGGAAACGGGGGGGGGAGGGGGGACGGCAAGCCUGGCUCUGUCCAAACGUAACCAAAUUCUCCUACCAGCACCCCUAAAGCUCACUAAUUAACAUGUAUCUUAUUUGUUUAAUCAUACCAGAACCAAAGUUUCAAACAAGCUUAAGACGUGUUAAUUGAAGUGAGCUUUAGAGGUGGUGGUAGGUGGAUUUAUUACCGUUUGACAGAACCAGGCUAGCCGUUUCCCCGUGUCAAGUCUGUAGAUAAGCUAACCGGCUGUUGGCUCUAGCUUUAUAGUUAACCGAUAGACAUGAGAGUGGUAUCAAUCUUGUCAUCUAAUGACGCCAGAAAUUAAAUAAGUGUUUUAUCCUAAAAAAAUGUUGUGCUUCGAGUGCAAAUCUAAGACACUGAUUUUGUGGUCAGACUGUAAAACCAAAUUUACUUCUCACUCGUAAAGCUGUUCUGUCGUCUGUGCAAUGUAACCCUGCAUGUUUAUAUCCCACAUGCCUUAUGAGCCGUGUUAUGUGAACCUGUUCUAAACUGCUGUUCUGAUCCAGUUCAGAACCUGACGGGAGCAGCUGAAGACACACACACACACACACACACACACACACACACACACACACACACACACACACACACACACACUCUGACUAAUUAUAGUCUUUUGGGUGUACAGUACUAAAUAGUUUUAUAUAAUUUAAAAUGACUUUGCUUGCUGUGGUGUCUUCACUGAUGGAAAUUACCACUAUUUGUCAUGCUGUUCUCAUCUUUUUACUUGUAUAUUUUUUUUAAUUUACAGUAAUUGUAUUAAGGUUAUUAUAAUCUGAUUGCUGUAGAAGUACUUUAGUUUACACUCCCAAAAGGACAAGUCUUGUCAUUUUGCUCUGCUCUGUCAUGCCUAUGAUUAACACUUACUGAUUUAUUGAGAUAGGGGGCUUUUUAGUUAAAAAAUAAACUUAUAUUAUGUACAAAUAAAGUAACAGAAUUUAAAACCACAAAAUAGUUUUAUUUAAAAAAAAAAAAAAAGAAUCUCUGACCUGAUUUCCAGAUCACAUAAAUCACAUGAAACAUUUUUGUUUAAGAGGACUGUAGUUGUGAUUUAUAAGGACUGGAUCUAUGCUGAACUAUUUAAAAAAAAUAUGAAAAUAUAUUGAGCAUAAUUUUAAUUUGAGGGAAACAUUUCUAUUUUACUGAAAUCCAAUGUAUUAUUUAAAGUUGUAAAGAUAUGGAAUGCUAACAGAUUUUUCCAAUUAUGAGACAGUAACGUACACAAUUAUUCAAAACUAAAGUAAUAAAAGUUUUUUUUUUUUACUUUACAGAAUAGCCAUUUCUUGUAUAUACAUUUGAUUUCUCUUCAUUUAAUGGACCACAAACGUGAAUUUUAAAUUUGAACAAAAGCAAUUUUUGGUUGUGGAUGCUGACAAAUCGCACUUUGAAAACUCACUGUAGCUGUCUUGGUGUUUGUGCACUACAACAACUGAUGAUUUUAUCUCUGUGGUGAAAACUAUCUGACACUGUAAUCCUUUUAGCAGUACAACCAAAAAUGUACAGCCGUAGGAGACUCUUCAUUACUGCGUGGUCCAUUCAAAAUGUAUUUAACAAAGUUGUAAUAGAAUGAAAAAAUGUUUUUUUUCAUAAUCAAUUACUAUAAAGCAUCUCAUCCUACAUACACACAUCAGUUUGUUGAAUGGAAGGAGCUGUAUUUAAAUUGAAUUGGUUCAUACUGUAUUAUCCCUAAUAAAGAGAUACUCACUUUUUGCACUUUAA